CAGCGUUGCCUUCCUGCAGCAGGAGACUCAGAAGUUCAACCUGGACCUUCACGGAGAAACUAUCUGCUCCAAAUUCACACUGACCAUGUCCGUCCACCACCGCUGACAUAUCCGCUAGAAAACUCACUGUCACUGCGGGAAACGUUUCCGAGUGAUGACAAUGUUGGGUAUGUACGUGCCAGACAGAUUUUCUCUGAAAUCGUCCAAGGUCCAGGAUGGAAUCGGUCUUUACACGGCGAGGCGAGUGAAAAAGGGAGAAAAGUUUGGUCCCUUUGCAGGUGAGAAAAAGCUGCCUAGUGAGCUGGAUGAAGGCUCGGACACCAGGCUGAUGUGGGAGGUCCGUGGCAGUAAAGGAGAUGUGCUGUAUAUUCUGGAUGCGAGUAAUCCUCGCCAUGCCAACUGGCUGCGGUUUGUCCAUCAGGCGCCUUCGCAAGAGCAGAAGAACUUGGCAGCCAUUCAGGACGGAGAAAACAUCUUCUACCUGGCUGUGGACGACAUAGAGACGGACACGGAGCUCCUGAUAGGCUACCUUGACAGUGAUAUGGAAGAGGAGGAGGAAGAAGAGGAAGAAGACAUUAAAGAUGAUGAUGAGAAUAGCAAAGAGGCCAAACACCUUGUUGAAAUGGAACUAGUAAUAAAGAAAGAGGACCACCCCUGCUUGCUGUGUGAGAGCAGUUUUCCCAGCGAGGAGAUCCUGGCUGCCCACCUCCAGAGUCUGCAUCAGAGGCCCAGCACAGAGGAGAAGGAGUUCAAAUGCAGGAACUGUGGCAAGAAAUUCCCUAUCAAACAGGCCCUGCAGCGCCAUGUUUUGCAUUGUUCUGAGUCACUGGAUCCAUCGGGUGACUCUAAAGCUCACCAGUGCUCCCUCUGCCACAACACCUUCAGCUCAGAAUCCAGUUUUGAGCAGCACAAGGAAGCCUGUAGAGGAGAUGCCAGGUUCAUAUGUAAAGCAGAAAGCUGUGGCAAAAGAUUCAAGAGCAAGGAUGCUCUGAAGAAGCACAAAGGAAACGUUCAUGCAGGGAGCGCGCGACGGAAACUCACAUGCACCAUAUGCAACAGAAAAUGCUCCUCGUCUUUGAAUCUACAAGAACACAGAAAGGUACAUGAAAUAUUUGAAUGCCACGCCUGCGACAAAAAGUUCAUCUCUACCAAUCAGCUAAAACGCCACAUGAUCACACACUCAGAGAAGCGGCCGUACACCUGCGAGAUCUGCAGUCGAUCAUUCAAGCGUUUGGAUCAGGUGACGGCUCACAAGAUCAUCCACAGCGAGGACAAACCAUACAAAUGUAAGCUGUGCGGGAAGGAGUUCGCUCACCGCAACGUCUACAAGAACCACAAGAAGACACACUCUGAGGAAAGGCCCUUCCAGUGUGAGGAGUGCAAAGCACUGUUCCGAACCCCCUUCUCUCUGCAGCGUCACCUUCUCAUCCACAAUAGUGAGAGGACAUUCAAGUGCGACCAGUGUGACGCUACCUUCAAGAGGAAGGACACGCUCAACGUGCACAUCCAGGUGGUGCACGACGGCCACAAGAAGUACAAGUGUGACCUGUGUGAGAAGGCCUUCGUCACUCCGUCUGUCCUCAAGAGCCACAAGAAGACACACACGGGAGAGAAGGAGAAGAUCUGCCCAUACUGCGGACAGAAGUUUGCCAGCAACGGCACGCUAAGGGUCCACAUCCGCAGCCACACAGGUGAGCGUCCAUACCAAUGCCCCUACUGUGACAAAGCAUUCAGCAAGAACGAUGGCCUGAAGAUGCACAUCCGCACACACACUCGGGAGAAACCGUACAAAUGCAGCGAGUGCAACAAGGCCUUCAGCCAAAAAAGAGGACUGGACGAACACAUGAGGACCCACACAGGAGAGAAACCUUUCCAAUGUGAUGUGUGUGACUUGUCAUUCAGCUUGAAGAAGAUGCUCAGCAGACACAAGCUGACACACAACCCCAACCGGCCCAUGGCAGAGUGCCAGCUGUGCCAUAAGAAGUUCACCAGGAACGACUACCUCAAAGUGCAUAUGGAGAAUGUACACGGGGAAACCGAGAGCUAGAGCCAAUUAUGGAAGCACUGGCUGAAAAUGAGGUCUGAUCCUUCAGAUAAGGUCCGUGCUUCAUGCUGCCAGUAUACAUCCAUACUGUACACACAGAUGGAUAGAUAGCAGAAAUGUUGCUAUUAACAAUACAUGCAUGUUGAAUAUGGAAAACAUUAAGGCGAGUAUGUUAAAACUGAAACAUAGGCUGUACAUUUGUAUUAUUUUUUUUGUUAUUUUUUUGACCAUACUGUUUCCAUAUUGUUCUGGAUAUUUGAACAGAGUCCCAAAUAUGUUUGAUCUGCCUCCGGAGCCGCAGUGUCUGCUCACAGAGAUGUCCGACAUUUCACUUCCAGUCAUCUAACCAGUGUUACUGUACAGACUGUUACAAACAUCCAGACCUCUUCCACUGCGGUCUGAGUAUCUUACUGUACAUUUGAGGCCAGUUGCCAAGUGUUGAAGAAAACCUACGACCAAAGACCUUUCAGCGCACUUUUUUUUUUUUUUUAAGAUUUACCUGCACACUUUGUACAUGUUUACACCUGUCUGUUAAAUAUUACAACUGUUCUUUAGGGAGUCAUAGCGUGUUUAGGUGAAUUAUAGUGAGGGAAAUAACUGUUUGAUUCCCUGCACAUUUCGUGAUUUUUGGCCACGCGCAAAAAAACCCAAAAAAAAACAAACAGCCUGUAAUUUUAGUAAUAAUAAUUAUAAUAAUAAAUUUAUUUAUAAAGCACUUUAAGUCAAUGUGCUGUACAUAGAGAUAAAAACAACAAAAACAUCAGAAAUCCACAAACAUACAGACCUCAUCAAAAUCUUAAGACCAGUUGAAAAAUAGCUAGAAUUUACCUUUUGCACAUUUGGACCUUAAUGAGGUUUUAAGUAGAGCUACAGUAUGCAAAAGCAAGAAGGGGGAGUGAGACAAAAAGCCCUUUGAAAAAGUAAUUUAUUGAAAACAAGUAAACUGAAAUAGGCUGUUUAUCAGCUGAUUGAAAGUUUAAGACCAUCGCUCAAAAAAUUACAAAAAACUCUCAAAACCAGAACAAAAAAUGUUCUCAGUAGGACUCAGUAAUGAGUAGCUCCACCGUUUUUGUUAAUCACUUCAAAAAUUCGUUUGGGCAUGCUUGAUGCGAGUGUUCCCAAGAGGCUGGUGGGAACAUUGCUCCAAGUGGUGAAGAUGGCUUCACGAAGGGCAUCAACUGUCUGGAACUGAUGGCCAUUUUUAUAAACUUCCCUUGCCAUCCAUCCCCAAAUGUUCUCUAUGAGAUUUAAAUCAGGGGAACAUGCGGGAUGGUCCAAAAGAGUGAUGUUAUUCUCCCUGAAGAAGUCCUUGGUCAAGCGAGCAUUGUGAACUGCAGUGUUGUCCUGUUGAAAAACCCAGCUGUUACCACACAGACGAGGGCCCUCAGUCAUGAGGGAUGCCUGCUGCAACAUCUGCACGUAACCAGCCGCCGUUUGACGACCUGCACCACCUGAAGCUCCAGUGUUCCACUGAAUGAAAAAACACCCAGAUCAUGAUGGACCCCCCUCCACUGUGCCGGGUAGAAAACAUCUCAGGUGGGAUCUCCUUGUCAUGCCAGUAACGUUGGAAGCCAUCUGGACCGUCAAGGUGAAAUUUUUUCUCAUCAGAGAAUAAAACUUUUUUCCACCUUUCAAUGUCCCAUGUUUGAUGCUCCCUGGCAAAGUCUAAACGGGCAGUUUUGUGGCGUUGUGGGAGACGAGGUCUUUGAAUUCGUUUUUUGUUUUUGAAACCCUUUUCCCGCAGAUGCCGUCUGAUGGUUAUUGCGCUGCAGUCGGCACCAGUAAGGGCCUUAAUUUGGGUCGAGGACCGCCCUGUGUCUUGACGGACAGCCAAUCGGAUCCUCCGGCUCAGCGCAGGUGUAAUUUUUUUGGGUCUACCACUUGACUUUUUUGUUCCAUAAUGCUCAGGAUCUUUCAAAAAAUUUAGAAUGACUGUCUUACUGCGUCCAACCUCAGCAGCAAUGGCACGCUGCGAGAGGCCUUGCUUAUGCAGCUCGAUGAUCCAACCACAUUCAAGAAGAGAAAGCUUCUUAGCUUUAGCCAUCAGGAGGGCAUGACCGUGUGAAUGCCUGACAGAAAAUGAGAAUUUUGAGCAGAUUUGGGCUUUUACAGCCUGUGGUCUUAAACUUUUGAUCAGCUGAUAAACAGCCUAUUUCAUUUUACUUGUUUUCAAUAAAUUACUUUUUCAAAGUGCUUUUUGUCUCACUCCCCCUUCUUGCUUUUGCAUAUUGUAGCUCUACUUAAAACCUCAUUAAGAUCCAAAUGUGCAAAAGGUAAAUUCUAGCUAUUUUUCAACUGGUCUUAAGAUUUUGAUCAGGUCUGUAUGCAAACAUACUGAAACAAUAAAAAAGACAUCAGUAAAACAAGCAAUUUAAGAUACAUAUGUAACAAUAAACAAGUGGGUUCUCAGCUUUGUUUUAAAUACAUCUGUGGAAGAUGCCUGCUUGAUUUCAACAGGUAAACUGUUCCACAAUGUCGGUGCACUCAAAGAAAAAGUCCGUUCCCCAAACGUCUUUCUGCAGACUAUUGCAACUCUCAGAAGCCCAGUUCCGUGGGAACGUAAAACACAAGCGGGGACAUACGGGUUCACCAAAUUUGGCAGUACGAUGGGGCAAUUCCAUUUACAAUUUUAUAUGUUAGCAGCAACACCUUGAAGUCUGCUCUAACCUGAACAGAUAGCCAGAGCAGAGAGGCCAGCACUGGAGUGAUACGCUCAUAUCUACUGGCUCUGGUCAGAACACGAGCUGCUGCGUUCUGGACCAUCUGCAGACCACAAAGGCUCUUCUUUGGCAAACCUGAUAAAAGGACAUUACAGUAAUCUAAACAUGACACAACAAAAGCAUGAAUUAGGACCUCAGCAUCCUGAAACGACAGAAUCGAUCUAAUCUUUGAGAUGUUUCUGAGGUGAAAAAAGGUCACUCUGGUCGCCUCUUUAACGUGGAACUUGAACAAAAGAGUUUGAUCAAAGAACACACCAAGAUUCUUCUCGCUGUCUUUACAGUGAAUAACACAGUCACCCAAAAACAGGGUAAAAUUGUCAAACAGAGGAUUAAAUCUCCCAAUAACCAUCAUUUCUGUAUUAGCAGAGUUCAGAAGCAGGAAAUUUGUUGAUAACCAGCUCCUAACAGCUGAGAAACAGGCUUGAAUUUUAUUAUUGUCAGUUCCACUUUGAAGGACCAACAGCAUGUAUAACUGUAGAUCAUUUGCAUAACAAUGAAAAGAGAUCCCAAAAGAACUCAAAGAUAGAGAGAAAACAACAGUGGACCCAGUAUAGACCCCUGUGGUACCCCAUGCCUAACAGCACAGGACUCAGAGAACACGUUGUUGAAGAAAACACUUGGAGAUCUCUGACAGGAGGCCAGGUGCUCAACCACUGGAGCACCUGGCCUGAGAUGCCAAAGUAAUUCUCAAGUCUGUCCAGUGAAAUACAGUGAGCGUAGGCUUAUUUCAGCUGUAGGGGACAGCAUAUCAACAAAAAAUCCAGAAAAACACAUCCAAAAGUUGUAAAUUAGUACUUGGUGGAGUAACUCCUUGUUAGCAAACAGACGUUUCUUGUAGUUGAUCAUCAGGUUAGCACACAUCUCAAGAGGUAUUUUAUACCACUUCUCUUCUAAGAUUCUUUCCAGAUCCUUAUUCGUUGUUCUCUCAAUGCAGUGCAGUCAUCCCUUUGUCUUGGCAGAGAAACGGCCCUAAAGCAUAAUGCUUCUACCUCCGUGCUUGACUGUGGGGAUGGUGUUGUUGGGGUUACAUUCAGCAUUCUGCUCUCUCCAAGUUGAAUUGAUGCCAAGGAGCAGAAUUUUGGUUUUGUUUGACCAAAUCUCAUUUUUGAAAUUUAUACUGUUAGAUAAUUGGCUUCUCUGGAUUUUUGAUUGAUAUUAUGUCUCUUACAGUUAAAAUAAAUCCACUAUUACAAUUAGAGGCUGCUCCUUUUUUUGUAUGAGGCCAAAAUCAUGAAAUAUGUAAGGGAAUCAAAUACUUACUUCAUACUCAUCUAAGAGCAGACUAUACAUGUAGUACAGCAUUGCUGAACAGGAGAUGGAGAACUGGAGUUCUGAAAACAGUUACGAAACCUACUCCAAAAUUUGAAACAGCACACAAAUAUAAGUUUACAUGAUCACCACAGAGUAUAAACAUACUGUCUUUAGUCUUAGUCUGGUUUAAAUAGACUUACAUAUUUUGUUCUGUUUUUAGGUAAUAUUUGUGGGAUAACUGUUGGAUCUCCAUCAUUAGCUCAAGAUGAAUGGAUUCAGCUAUUCCUUUCCCAUGACCUGUUGUAUGAAAUGCAGUGGUUCUUAAAUCGCGUUACUGUUCUGUGCCACACAUCUGUGGACAAAUGUGUCCCAAAUCGGGAACAAAAAGAAAAUCCAAAGUACUGUUUCUGUUGACUUUUGUAAUGAAUCAUUAUGUUUUCAUAUGAAAGCCCUGAGGCUGUUGUGCCUUACAGUAUGUGAGUAGCUUGUUCCUUAUUAAUCAUAGUUCAAUACAGAGUUUCAAUAGAAGUGCA